GUCAGGGAGCCGGCAUAAGGAGGAGUGGAGGGGGGUAGUAAAGAACACACAGGGCAACAUCACCAGGGAGCCCCCCCAAACCGAGGACAGUAACGUAAGCCCCGACCCUCCUCAGCCGGCGCCUCUCAUGUCUUCUUCUGUAACACUGUAACGAGAAGCCAGCUGUGCAGUAGUAACGUUGUACAUAGAGACCAUAUAUCCGAGCUCCUCUGUUCUUAGCUGCUCUGCCCAUAGAGGUGUCAAUGGGGGAUUACGGGUUCGGGUUACUGCAGACGGCCGGCAGCGGAGCUGGCAGCAGCGGGGGCACCGGCUUAUUCGGUGGGGGAGCCUUCAGGAGCAGCCAGCAGUUCCCCUCGUCGGGGGGCAGCGCCCUCUUCUUGCCCAGCUACCCGCAGGUGAUGCAGGAUGAGCUGCUGUUAGGGGUGAGCUGUGCCCACAGUAAGAACGGCGGAGGGCAUCACCAGGUGUCGCCGCCCGCCCUGCUGCUGCAGCACGGUGCCCAGGACAAGCAGCUGGGGCACAAGAGGAAGGACUACAACCCCCAGGAGAGCUCGGCUGCGUUCAGGGAGGAGCUGAAGAAGCCUGGGGAGGUUAAUCAUCGCCAGGGAUCUCCCAAAGCGGAGGAUCUGGGUGUGGAGGGUCCUGACAAGCUGCUGCCAGCCUCCCCUUCAUCGUCCUCCUCUUCCUGCUCCAGCUCCUGUUCUGCAGAGGAGGUGGUCGCCGCUGCUGGAGACCCCCAUGUGUCAGGGUCUCCUCCAUCUCUGGGUGGUCACCAGCUGCCAGCCAAGAACAAGCUCCAGAUGGACGGACAGAGUGGGCACCUACUGAGCGGGAGCACCAACCUGCUGGGCAGCCCCUUCCCCGGCUCUCCUGACUUACCCAGCACUCAGAGCCCCGGAGGAUCCAGUUCUUCUCCCUCACUGCCCGGCUUUGGCACCCCCUGGUCCGUGCAGACCUCAUCCCCUCCACCGCCCCCACCAUCCCAGCUCCCCCAGCAGCAGCCAGCUGCGCCCCACCCUACCGGGCACAACCUGAACGCCCUGCAGAGCCCGGAGCCCGACGGCUACUACCCUGGCAUCCCCUCCUCCAUCAACCCGGCUUUCUUCCACAGCUUCUCCCCUGUGUCUGCCAACCCUUGCCCUGGCAUGAACGUGCCUGGAUUCAGCAGCCCCUUCUCGGCUCAGAUCAACCUGACCCAGCAGCAGCAGAGCAGGAGGUCCCCUGUCAGCCCCCAGCUCAACCCUCAGCACCACCAGGCUGCAGCCUUCCUACAGCAGAGGAACAACUACAACCACCAUCAGCCGAUGGUCAAGCAGUCUCCAUGGAGCAGCCACCAAGGCAGCGGCUGGAGUACGGGCAGCAUGUCCUGGGGAGGGAUGCAUGGCAGAGACCGCCGUACUGCUAAUAUGGGAAUGCCUGGCACCAUGAACCAAAUCUCCCCUUUAAAGAAGCCCUUUUCUGGGAACGUCAUCGCCCCACCCAAAUUCACACGAUCUGCACCAUCGCUCACACCUAAGUCUUGGAUUGAUGACAAUGUGUUCAGGACGGACAACAACAGCAACUCUCUCUUACCCUUACAGGUAAGAAUGGAUCGUAGCCGAAUGUAUGACAGCUUGAAUAUGCACUCACUGGAAAACUCCCUCAUUGAAAUCAUGAGAGCUGAACAUGAUCCCUUAAAAGGUCGUUUGAACUACCCCCAUCCGGGGACGGACAGUCUUCUCAUGCUGAAUGGGGCUUUUGUCGAGCGGACAAUGGGCGAGAGGGUGAAAAAGUCUUCAUGCAAUUUUUUCGUCCGGUCGCAUUGGGCAGAUAAAGCAAGGAGUUAUGGGAGAAGACGAGGUCGCUCCUCUCUCUUCCCAAUAGAUGAUGGUCUGCUUGAUGAUGGCCAUAAUGACCAAGUCGGCGUUCUGAAUUCACCCAAUUGCUACUCUGGACAUCAAAACGGCGAGAGAAUUGAACGCUUUUCACGAAAGGUGUUUGUUGGUGGACUUCCCCCUGAUAUAGAUGAAGACGAGAUCACUGCCAGUUUUCGUCGGUUUGGUCCCCUGGUGGUAGAUUGGCCCCACAAGGCAGAAAGCAAAUCUUACUUUCCACCAAAAGGUUAUGCAUUUCUUCUUUUUCAAGAAGAAAGCUCAGUUCAAGCACUCAUUGAAGCCUGCAUCGAAGAAGAUUCCAAACUUUAUCUGUGCGUUUCUAGCCCCACCAUCAAGGACAAGCCAGUUCAAAUUCGCCCCUGGAAUUUGAGUGACAGCGACUUUGUGAUGGAUGGGUCCCAGCCGCUUGAUCCCCGGAAAACAAUAUUUGUAGGAGGAGUCCCCAGACCACUGCGAGCAGUGGAACUGGCUAUGAUUAUGGAUCGUCUCUACGGGGGAGUUUGCUAUGCCGGAAUUGAUACCGAUCCAGAAUUGAAGUAUCCGAAAGGUGCCGGACGUGUUGCAUUCUCCAAUCAACAGAGCUACAUCGCAGCCAUCAGUGCUCGAUUUGUGCAACUUCAGCAUGGCGAUAUUGAUAAAAGGGUGGAGGUGAAGCCAUACGUCUUGGAUGACCAGAUGUGCGAUGAAUGCCAGGGAGCCCGUUGCAGUGGAAAAUUUGCUCCGUUUUUUUGUGCCAAUGUCACAUGCCUGCAGUAUUACUGUGAGUUUUGUUGGGCGAACAUCCACUCUCGCGCCGGGCGGGAAUUCCAUAAGCCACUGGUGAAGGAAGGAGCCGACCGGCCUCGUCAGAUCCACUUCCGCUGGAACUAGACAUCGCUUGUCUACCACUCACUGAGAGAAGGGUGCAUGCGGCUUACUGUGUUUAAAGAUACUGACCUGCAGAAGAAAUAAGUGCAUUCUUCUGCUUCUCACCCCAGUCCUCUACACGUGCAUCUGUAUCAGCAGCCAAAACACUAAAAGCCUCUUGUUUUUUCACCAAAACCCCACAUCUCAGGCUUACUAAUUCUUUGUGAUAUUUUCAUGUUAAUUUUUUUUUUUAUAUAUAUUUUUUUCAAAGUUCUUUUUAUAUGUAAUGCUGAAAUUAGAUAUGGGAAUGUUCUGCAUAGGGGCAACACAGUCUGCUGCUAUAUAAAUAUAUAUAUCUAUAUAGAUGAAGUGUGCACUUAUUUCUAGACAUGGAUUUUUAACUUAAAAAUCAGCCCCAGUUAUUUACCAAAGGUAGCAAUUAAUAGUGAAAAACAAAAAAUGGAAAAUGUCUGCUACUAAAAGAUUAUUUUUAUUGUUGAUAUUUUAAGUGUGUAUGUAAAUUUUAAAAAAAAUAUAGGGUUGAUUUUUUUUGCUCUCCAUUUUGACUUGCAAGAAAUAAUACCUCAGAUAAUCUGAUUUUUAUUAGCUAUUUUUAAUCAUAAGCUGUAUUAGCUUUGCUGCUACAUAGGUGUUGUGUGUAAUGCCACCUAUUUAUACAGGAUUGAAAAGUUUUCAAAAUCUGCAUCGCAGAAAAUAAAAAAGGCAGGCAGCACAAUAUGGCCGAAACUGCCAUAGUUUUAGAAUGUGAAAUAUGCAUGUUUACCUACCUGUCUACACCAUAUGCAUGCACUGGAACUAUUAACUAACCACAAAUACGGUAUUGCAGAUAUAGAAAAAAAAAAAUAUAUAAAAAAAUAAAAUAAAAUAAAAAGCUCUUUUGAAACUAGGUACAGUAGCAUGAGCAAAAUGACAAAAUUUUGUAAGAAAAAAAAAAGCAUACUUGCAUGAAUUGUGACUCAAGUAAAACAGAUGUCCUUAAAUGUGUACAAUAUAAAAAAAAAAAUGUUUUAGAAUAGUAAGUGCAGCCAUUUUGUGUCCUGGUCAGUAGUGGACAUCAAUUUACAAGGAUUGGGUGUAAUAUUGUAAUCCCCGUGCAAUAGUCGUGGUGUGUGAUUCUGAAUCUUGUGACGUGAAGUAGCAUAGAGGGAAAAAAAAACUGGAAAAAUUUGAAAUUUUAUUCAAAAAUAAUUUUCUCUGCCCAAUUAAAAAAAAAAAUUCACGAAUUUUAAAACUUUCUUUUAUCUCAAAAACAUAAGACCAAAGAUGGCCAGCACACUUGUAAUCAGCCACCAAAUGUAUAACCCACAAGCUACGUAUUGACGCCUACUAGUUAGAAAUAAUAUUACUAUUAAUAAUAGAAAAUGAAUGCUUGACGCUUUAGAUGAAAGUCAAAAUGGAGAUGGUAUAUCGCAGACGGCUAGUUGCAUAACAAUGCCCCUUCUACCUUCAAGACAACAGUGACGCGUGGCUAAAGUUGAAUUUUGUAAUUGAUUCCCCUGUACACUUUUUUUUUAUAUAUAUUUUAUUAAGGCUGCUAUUUUUUUCUAUUAUUUUUCAUAAAAAUAUAUCUAUUUAUUUAAAAGGAAAUUAAUUUUGGCUAGGAAAAAAAUAUUUACAAUAUUUUAAAUUAGGCCACGGGGUAAUGCAACUAGCCCAAAUUUUUUUUAAAUCAGUACAAAAAGGCAAUUUAUAUUUAAUCCACAAAAUACCAAUUUUAACACAGAAUUGAAAAGAAAAAAAAAAAGGGAUUUUCCUGGUAAAAUCCAUGGGACAAUCUUCUGUGUACGAAAAAAAAAUUGUGUUCCUACCGGUUGUCAACAGCGUGCUUUUUUUGUACUGUACAACAUGUGACUUGUCUCACUUUGCUGUUAUGUGGUUGUAGUUCACGUUUUAAAUGUUUGAAAAUUGUUGCUGUUCCGAAGAGUACUUCUCUCUAAUUUAUUUAUGUACCCUUAAUCGUAACUUAAUAUGAUCUGUCCUGUUCCCCAGGUCUUCAACUCUUAAUAGUAUUUACUCAAUCUUCACCCUUCUUUCCACCUAUACCCCCUCAAACAAUCCCAGUUUUAUUAUGCACUAUAUUUUAUAUUUCUGAAAGAAACCUUUGACAGUCGGCUGUUUUUGGAACACGCUUGUUUUAAUUCACAUCUCGUUUUUGCAAUACCUCGAUUAUUUGCUUUUACAAGGAGAAAAAAAAAAAGUUUCCAUCAAUCUUAAUGAAUUAAAAUUUUUAGAGAGGUGAAAACGCAAAAAUAAAGUUGA